UACGAAUCCACAAGAACAGGGGUUUCUUCUUCUCCUCCGGCAUUCAUUUCAUUCAUACGCAAGGAACACACCUUCAUACUGAAAUCUCAGUGGAAUUCGAAGAAAUUACAGUUGAUUAAAGAUGCAAAACGGAGGCGAUGAGGUUAGCAUCGAAGAAUUGGCUACGAAUCUUUCAACUUACCGAGAACAGCUUCAACAGGUUCGUGCACUGUUGAAGGAUGACCGUAGCAAUUCUGAAUAUUUGGACAUGGAGAAGGAACUUGUCGAGGUUAUUGCUUUGACAGAAGAGCUCCUUGCAACUGCAAAACAAAAUGAAGAUUUUGAACUAGGUACCGGGAGUAGUGCUGAUGCAUCAUAUGAUUUUGGCCAUCCAGGGAGCACUUCGAGUAUGCAGUUUCCUGUUGGCACCAAAGUACAAGCUGUUUGGAGUGAGGAUGGAGAGUGGUACAAUGCAACCAUUGAGGCGCAUACUUCAAAUGGCUAUCUUGUAGCUUAUGAUGGGUGGGGAAAUAAGGAAGAGGUAGAUCCAGAAAAUAUCAGGCAAAUUCAAGGAGAGGUCAAUCCUUUGGAUGAAGCUGAAAAGAUUGCUGAGGCCACAAAACAGGCCCUGAAGCGGAAGAUUGCACAGGCUUCCGUCAUUGAAUACCAGUCUAAGAGUCUACCAGCAAAGCUCCAUAUUGAUCCCAAUGACCCGGAAGAUGUGAAAGCUUCAAAGAGAAAGAAGAUCCAUGCUUUCAAGUCAAAAAUGCGGAUAGAGAAACUUGAGGUAGCCCAAAACAAGAGGCAAAAUGCUUGGCAGCAAUUUCAGUCGACAAAAGGCUCUACUAAGAAGAUCGGAUUCUUCUCGGGUAGAAAGCGGGAAAGCAUCUUCAAGUCUCCCGAGGACCCUACUGGAAAGGUCGGCGUGACUGGAAGUGGGAAAGGUUUGACAGAUUUUCAGAAGAGGGAGAAGCAUUUGCAUCUUAAAGGUACCUCUGCUGAGGCUUCUGAUGACUACUAGCCCUUAAAAUUUAGCCCCCAUUCCUUAUGUUGUGCCUUUAAAAAAAUACAUUUAACUGAUACAAUUUUUAGGAGCGAUAUCCAAAAUCCAUCUUUGUAUUUUUAGUUUUUCCUUUCACGAAAAUUUGAAAUAUAUGAUACUGCAAAGGUGUGGCUCAUCUCUUGGCAAAUCGACCGUAGUUUCUUCCGUUCUCUAGUUCAAUUUGCAAUUCGCGAUUGAUUCGUUUAUGUUCAAUUUGAAAUUUGGAAACAACAAUGAAAGAAAAUUUCAAACAUGAUAAAAUCAAUUUAAGAUAUUCCG